AGUGAAGGAUUCGUAAUGGUGGUUUUCAUGGUGUUUAUACUAAAUGUUUGUUGUUGUGAACUUCAGAUUUUAGUGGACACUGUUUGGGCCCUGUCCUAUCUAACAGAUGCUGGAAAUGAGCAGAUUCAGAUGGUUAUCGAUUCAGGGAUAGUUCCUCAUUUGGUGCCCCUACUCAGCCAUCAGGAAGUUAAAGUCCAGACUGCAGCUUUGCGAGCCGUGGGAAACAUUGUAACUGGUACUGAUGAGCAAACACAAGUAGUCCUGAACUGCGAAGCUCUUUCUCAUUUCCCAGGAUUGCUGACACAUCCUAAAGAGAAGAUCAAUAAGGAGGCUGUGUGGUUCCUAUCCAAUAUCACAGCUGGAAACCAACAGCAGGUGCAAGCAGUGAUUGAUGCAAACCUUGUUCCAAUGAUUAUACACCUCUUAGAUAAGGGUGAUUUUGGUACUCAGAAAGAAGCUGCUUGGGCAAUAAGUAACCUAACCAUUAGUGGCAGGAAAGAGCAGGUUGCAUACCUGAUCCAACAAAAAGUAGUCCCUCCAUUCUGUAAUCUGCUAACCGUGAAAGAUUCGCAGGUUGUGCAAGUGGUAUUGGACGGGUUAAGUAACAUCCUCAAAAUGGCAGAUGAUGAAGCAGAAACAAUAGCUAGUCUGAUUGAAGAAUGUGGUGGAUUGGAAAAGAUUGAACAGUUGCAACAUCAUGAAAACGAGGACAUCUAUAAAUUGGCUUAUGAGAUCAUUGACCAGUAUUUCUCAUCAGAUGAUAUUGAUGAAGAUCCUGCCUUGGUUCCAGAAGCAAUUCAGGGUGGGACAUUUGGCUUCAACUCAUCCACCAAUGUUCCAGCAGAGGGCUUCCAAUUCUAGAAAGGCAUAAUUCCUGGAGCAAGUGAAAUAAUGCAGCACUAAAGGAAGGUUUGAUCGAUCAUGCUUGGCUCAUGUGGGAUCCACUGCUGCAUUAAAUCGGAGAGCUGUUUUGCAGAUUGCGUUUGGUGUCCGAGAAAAGCCCAAAUGAAGUCAAGCUGGCGAGUGGGUGCGAGUGCGCGUGAGAGUGGUAAAAUGUUAAAAAAUUUCACAGUGAAUGCAAUUUCGGUUGUUUUAAAGAAAGGGGCUAAGAGUCAAAGAAAGGUCAAUGUCCACGAAGUAACUAAACCAAGAUCAAAUUCAGUUAUCUAGAAUAAUUAGAGGAAUGAAGCAGUUAAGAUAACUACAAAGCUUCAUCAACCAAGAAAGGGACAUCGACAAGUCAGAAGACCGAGUCAAGGCCUUGCUAUGAAGCACUGUGUGAAUGGACCCACUGUAUGAAUGUCUGGACUCAGUGCUGUUGGAGCCAGGUUCAUUACUUGAAAUCUUGGGCUCUGUAUUCACUCAUAAAAAUAAACUCCUAGUCAUGGAGUGAUGUGUGGAAGAGAGUAGUGUAUGGGCGUGAUGUUGUAUGUGAACGCAUGCAAACUUGAUUGCCUUCAAGUGGCUAAUGAAUAAAUCCAGAAAAACACCAAAAUGAGUUUGUUUUUAUUAAUAAUUAACAUACACUGGAGAAUUUAACCAAUUUAGCAGCAGUGCAUUGUAUAAUUUAUCUGUGGCAAUUUAGGUUGAAUCUUGCAGCUUAUGCCAUUUGCUUGUUUUACUUCCACCUUGGCCAUUAUAAUUUUUUAAUGUUUAUACUACUUAUGUACUUUAUUUGUAGUUAUGAAUUGUUCCUCACUUAACAAUUGCACCAGUUAAAUCAGUAAGUGCUGUGAGUUGCUUUCCAUAUAAAUCACGAAUACAGGAAAGAAAUUAAGAAAUAUGUAAUGGUAGUAAGCUGCUCACAUGCAAAAAUUUUGCAGAGGAAGAAAGCAAACCUAUACAUGCUCUGCUGCUUAUAAACAUUGAAAGGUUGUCGUAAUUUAAGUCCAGGGAAUCUCAAACACCAACGGUGUUGUGGAGCUCAUCAACUUGGAUAAAUAAGGUUGGCUAAGAUAAUCAAAUCACAUGCAUCUAUUAAUUGAUGGCUGCUUCUGAUUUAUUUUAGCUACGUUUUUAGUUAGUUCCUGUGUAGAAUAUAGCACCGUACCUCAUGGGGUAAAUGCUGUUAAUAAACAUUUGUUUCCUAUUUUCCUGUUAUUUUUCCGGAUUAAAAAUAUUUCAGUUGUGACUAAUUUUGGUGUAUACUUUCUGCUAAAGGGGAAUGAUAAAAGUAUGUAUAGAGGAAAUAAUCAAAUGUGAAAACACCCUUGAUAUGUUUCCUACUUUUAGGAAGGACUUUUUAAAAAUUAGAUACAAGUAGCCAUGAACCAUCUGAGCCACUUUAAAAAGAGUUUGAUGUGUUUCAAGAAGCUUGCAUGCAGACCAUGCAAGUUCUUUUUAAAAAAGAAAAGAGCCUGGAAGAUUGUUGGUUCUUUGAAGGUUUCGUACACUAAAUUUGGCUGAUUGAUCAAUUUUGUUUCGAGAAGGAAAAAAUGCUUACCCUCUUGGUAAGGUGGCUCAUUGUAGGAAAUACUGUGCCUUCUCCCUUAGAGCACAAGUGUUGCAUGAACAAGUGUUACUGUAUUUAAAACCGAAGGUAAUAGUCACUAAGGGGAAAUGUGAAAAUGAUUACCUGAUUCCUAUUUUGUGUUUAAAAAUUUUGGAAUAUUGUAGACUGGAUUAACAUGUAGUUGUGAUUUCUUUUGUAAAUUAGUUGGUUUUCCCUUGAAGCAUUCCUUGUCGUCAUACACAUGCUUUAAAAGCUAGACAAAAAUUGAAACAAACAUAAAAUUAGCUUGCUUACACUGUUGUCCAUUAGAGUGCAGGCUAAUCUGUUUUAGAGAAAAAUAAACUUUGAAAUUAU